AUGGGAGGAGAGACAAAAGAAACCGAGUCAGACCCGAACUGGUUCCAAAAGAACUACGAUAUAGACGACACGGAAACGUUCUCUUUGCAUUACGACAAAGAUUUCCACGCUCGAAAAUACGAAAUGUUGGAAGUGUCGGAUGAGAUUUACGAGCAGCUAAUGUCCGACGGAAACGACGGCACGAUCGAGUUUAAAGGCGAACCAGAGGAAGAAGCGGUGCUGUGCACGAAGAACAAAACGUUCGUGGUGAAACGAGUGGAUACUUCGAACACGUUACUGUUGUGCGCACCUCCCGGGAAGUUUGACGACGGGACGAUUGAGAGAGAUGCGGAUGGGAAGAAAAUAGCGAAAACGCACGCGCAAGUGUCCUCGCAUUUAGAUUUGACGGAAAUCGCGCCCAGAUUGGAGAAGUUGAAGAUGUUUUUAGAGAAGAAGUUUAUGAUUACGAAAUCCUCUGUCGAAGAGGAAGAAUUAGAAGAAGAUGGAAAGAAAACUUCAAAAUCGUCUUCGUCGUACGGGUUUGAUUUUUUGCUCUCGAAAGUGCAAGCGAGCGAGAUGGAGUUGAAGGACGCGUUGGAAAAUCCGUCGAGUUUGAUUAACGCGGUCGAGGUUGGAGAGAAUAGAUGGAGAGGAAUAGACGAAGAGGCAAUUGAGUACGUUUUAGGGAUUGUCAUGGCGAGCGCGGUGGAGAGUGGGAAGUAUGAUUUUAGUAAAAGUGAAGACGUGGGGAUGACCGCGCCGGAGGCGUUUGAGUUCACGGAAAAGAAGUUUCCAAUGGAGGUGUUAGAUCUCGUUUUGAAAAAGUUUGGCUUUACUAACAAAAACAUGAAUUCUACGCUCUUGGGGAAGAAGAGAGCAAGGGAGGAAGAAGGAGGAGGAGAACAAGAACAAGAACGAGGAGUAAAAACAACGAAAGAUUUAGUCGUGCGGUUCAAGUUGGAGCGAUACAUCAAGCACAGAUUCGAGCAAAACGCAAAAUUCAACUACUUGGAAGCUAUCAAAGCCGUCAACGAAGAGAUUAUCAUCGACGAGUUUAAAAUCGAUAUCGAUGAGGAUAAGAAAACGAUGGAUGCGCUGUUUGCCGGAUUGGCGUUUUUCGCCUCCGAGAACGAGUUCAAACGAAACGUUGCGAGCGCGUUAGUCGCGAACGCGAUGCCGAGAGAACCAAAAGAUAGAUUCGCAGUCUUGUGGAAAUCAAAGCCGAAAUGGUUGUUAACAGAAUUAGAGCCGUAUUUGGAAGGGAUGGUGAAAACUCCCGGGAUGACGCGAGAGGCGAUGCUGUUGAAAUAUUGCCGAGUUUCGUCCGGGAGCAAAAAAAUUGGCGGCGAAAUUGGUGGGGACUUUUACAGCAAACGGUGA